GCAAUUACUCUCAUAGAGUGGUCGUUGUUUGGUUGUUGGGGGAAAAGAAAAGAAACACAUUUUCUGUCGCUUAGGAAGGAAAAUUGAAGCUCAAGUAAAACCGCAAAGAGAUUGUGAUAUCUAUGGCAGGUGCUGAAGGAUUUGUUGAAUCUGAUAAUGCAGAAGCCAUUAUUACCAGAAUUGAACACAAAACACGCAAGAUCGAAAGCUUACUCAAACAGUUUAAACCCGUGGAAGCCCUUAAAACUGCCCUUGAAGGUACCUAUGCCAUGACUAGUGAUGAACGUUGCAAGUCGGCACAUUGGAUUGUUGUGCAUAGAGCAAUAAUGGCUAUAAAAGAUGUGGAUGGGAUGCUUUCUUCCUUGGAUCCUGAAUACUAUGAUAUCCUAAUGAAGUAUUUAUAUAGAGGCUUAGCUACUGGAGAUCGUCCAACUUGCGAUCAAUGUCUUCGGAUUCAUGAAAAAUUGACAGAAAGGGCAGGCCAUGGUUGCAUUCUACGUUUCUUGACCGAUACCAAAUUAAAACCCAUAUCAUCAGAAGAUCUAUUAAAUGGACGAAAUUUUCAAAUGGGCUGAUAGGAUUAGCCAAAAACAGAAGAUAAUUGGAAGAGACCGAAAAGGACAAAUAGUAAGGGCCUAUUUGAUUAUACUUUUUCAAAACAGUUUUUUGUAUUUAAAAGUUUGUUGUUCUUUCAAAAACUGUUUUUGAUAAUCUAAUUAAGCAUACCCUAAGUUUUGUUGUCCGAAUCAAAUCAAAGACAGCACUAGCAAUAUAGAUAAAUUAUGUGUAUACUUUUGAUAAUUCAGAGAA